AUGUUAUUAGGAGGAUUUGACAUGAUGGCAAGCACACGCACAUCGAAACCAUCCCCUCUCGGAUAUGCUUUGGAACCUUCAGGUUUCAAUGGCACAAAUGGAUCUUCUUCCGCAAGGGCCAUGAAGCGAUCGGCCUCUGGGGCGUUCACUCAGCUGUCGAGCACCCAGAUCCAAGAGCUCAAGGAGAGUUUCCAAAUGCUAGAUAAGGAUGGUGACGGUGUUAUUGGAAAUGACGAUUUGGCGGCUAUGUUGAGUAGUUUAGGCCAAGAGCCCACCUCUUCUACUCUCUCCGCGCACCUUUCUUCCGUCCCAACUCCUUUUAACCUUGCAUCCUACCUGACACAUCUCUCUCAACAUUUAUCACUCUUGACCCCCGGCCCUGACCUACUCAGCGCAUUCGAAGCUUUCGAUGACAACGACGAUGGAACCAUCGAUGUUGCCGAGCUUAAGGAGGCUCUCACGGGCAUGGGAGAGAGAAUGAGUGACGAGGAUGUGGAUCGGGCGUUAAAGGGCUUUACUAAGCGGAGAGCGCUCGCUAGAGGGGCGGCUAACCACAGCAGCAACUAUGGGGGCGAGGUCUUCAAGUACAGAGACUUCGUAGACGUCCUGUCUGGGAAAGAGGAAGAAAAGGAGUAA